UAAGAGGACUGGAGAAUCUGUGCCUCAGUCCAGAGAGAAAAUGGGUUCGACAGAAGACCUUGACCAUCCUCAAACCAUCUUGCAAUACAACAGUGGAUUUUUAGUCUCAAAGGUUAUGUUCACUGCCUGUGAGUUGGGGGUGUUUGAUCUUCUGUUGGAGUCGGGAGAGCCUCUGUCUUCAGAUGCCAUUGCUGCACGCUUGGGUACCAGCACCACGGGGAUGGAAAGACUGCUGGAUGCCUGCGUGGGAUUGAAGCUCUUGGCAGUAGAGCUGACACAAGGAGGAGCCCUCUACAGAAACACAGAGGUUUCCAACAUCUACCUUACAAAAUCAAGUCCCAAGUCUCAGUAUCAUAUUAUGAUGUAUUACUCUAAUACAGUCUACUUGUGCUGGCACUACCUGGCUGAUGCUGUGAGAGAAGGAAGAAACCAAUAUGAAAGAGCUUUUGGCAUUUCAUCCACAGACCCUUUUGGAGCAAUGUACAGAUCAGGAGAAGAAAUGCUGAAAUUCAUGGCUGGCCAGAACUCAGUAUGGAGUAUAUGUGGCAGAGAUGUUCUUGCUGCAUUUGACCUUUCCUCUUUCACGCAGAUUUAUGACCUGGGAGGAGGUGGAGGAGCUUUGGCCCGGGAGUGUGUUUCUUUGUACCCAAAUUCCACGGUCACAAUUUAUGACCUGCCGAAAGUCGUGCAAGUGGCCAAAGAGCAAUUUGUUCCCCCUGAGGAGCAUCGGAUCACUUUCCAUGAAGGAGACUUCUUUAAUGAUCCAAUUCCAGAAGCUGAACUGUAUAUUUUAUCCAAGAUACUGCAUGAUUGGGAUGAUGAGAAAUGCAGGCAGCUGCUGGCAAAAGUCCACAAGGCUUGCAAACCUGGCGGUGGAGUACUGCUGGUUGAAUCUCUUCUGAAUGAAGACAAAAGUGGGCCUUUAGAAACCCAACUGUAUUCGAUGAAUAUGUUGGUCCAGACAGAAGGAAAAGAGCGAACAGCAGCAGAGUACAGCAUGCUCCUUGAGGCAGCUGGCUUCGGAGAGAUUCAAGUCAAGAGGACUGGAAAACUCUAUGAUGCUGUUUUAGGGAGGAAAUAAUAGUACCUCUUCUAUGUACCUAACAAGAUAGAAUAAGUAGAGAUGUGAUAUUCCCUUCUUAGAGGGGAAUCAUCAACUUAGCUUUUAAUUAAGGCAGUCAACUUCUUUUGUAGGCUGAUACAUUGUCAGGAGAAUUGCUAAUGAUAGACCUUGAGCAUGCAUAGUUUGUGAGUGUGGCACCCUGAUUGGGGUUUGCCUUUGGGUCUGGACAGGAGAGAUAGGAAUCAACACCUGUUCCACAUGAAAUAACCCACAAAAGAAAUAUGCAGUGCAUCUGCUUCAGAUUUUUUCAUUGUUUCCAAUUUUAACACUGUAUCUGACAAAAGCAAAGCUGAAUUUGUACUUGAAUUCCUGCAAAAUAAAACUGA